AUGCUCAAGCUCAAGACAAUCUUCUUUGCGCAAAGGCCAAACUUGAAGCUCUGGGACUAUCCUCUAGGAUGCAAGAUUGCAAGAUACAGCACUGUCACAGCACUCAACAAGACGCGACGGCACUCGAUUCUGCCUUCUUCACCGAAUCCGGCAGGAACGACCAGUGUACCGGAGGACCCUCAGGCCUGCCAGCGACGAGCCAACACACCCGCAGAUGUUCCAGGACAAGGAGAAGACUCAAAAUUGGACAUACAGUCGCCGCUAGCCCUAUUCUCUCAUAUUGUCCGAGUGUAUACUGGCCACAACAUUCGGAAUCCCUUUCUUCUUUCCCAAACCGACCCUUCCCUUGCACCCUAUGUUCACCUCCCCGACCAAUAUGCCUCAUUGAUUUCUGCAUUAGCGGAAUCGCAGCAUCUCUCUCGUGCUGUGGAGGCAUUGGAAUUCGGAUUCCGCCUCGGUCUGCGUCACGACCCGAGGACAUACGAGGAUCUCUGUCUCCAAUUGGCCGACCGCACCGAAUGGGAGCUCGUCAUUCACGUAGUCGACCUGUGCAAGGAGAACACACAACGGUGUUCGACUGCCCUGCUCAAUCGGCGGGCACAAGCUUUGGUGGAGCUCGCAAUGUAUCGCGAGCUGGAAGAAAUGCUAGAAGAGUUCUACUACUACGACCUGAAGCCGAAUCGCCUGACCUUCCAUUAUCUCUUGAAGGGAUUCAUCCGCAAUCAAGACUUGCCGGGAGCGAAGCAAUGCUUGAAACAGAUGAUAAAGGCCGGGUUUCCAAUGACCCCUGCCACUCACGCCAUCAUCGUCUGCUCCCACCGCAACCUCGGCAUCGACGACGCUGUCCAAGAGCAGGGCCUCAAAAGCUUGCCUUACAUGGGACCAGCAGCACAAAUUGCAGUCCUCAACAGUCUUCUCCGCUAUCAUCUCGACAACCGAGACCUCCACAAAGCCCUCGGCAUCCUCUCUUUGUACGACCAACAAAGCGUCGAGAUGGUUCCCGGCAUUCUUGUUGGAAAAGACGCAGAUCACGACAAACGGCCAGGCGCACAUUUCAUCCCAACUGCUCCAGUUGUUUUACCCAGUCCGCCCAAGCCCAAUGCCUCAACAUUUGCAGUCUUGAUCCAUUUCUGCAGUGUGAAACAUGACUUCAGCAGCUCUCUACAACUCCUCCAUUACAUGAUGUCCCAAGGAAUCAUCCCCUCUCCGCAAGUAAUUGCCGCGUUGAUUACUGCGUGCUUUUCCGGUGACAGGCCAGACCUAGCCGUCCAGCUCGUAGCUGGCCUGUGCGACUCGGACACCACCCCACAACACCUCUUUGAACCCAUAUACUCGGGUUCUUGGGAAGGCCCUCGGUUCGAGAUCCACGUCCCCAACAUGAAGCCUAACAUCAAAAUCUUCAACGCGCUCAUGAAAGGAACACUCGCAGUAUAUGGCAUAGAAGGGGGAAGACACGUCCUUAAUAUCAUGCAAGUCAACAAAGUCCCUCCAGACAACCGCACACUCGAGCUUAUCCUUGGCUACCUGGAACGUGUCCGGGACGUACGGCCAGAGCGUCUGAUCCGCCUCCUUCAACGAUCCUUCAACGACCGCAUCACCCCGACUCCCAAACUCAUGCGAAUUGUUUUUCGCUCUAUCCUUCGGAUCGAAAAGUAUCGCAAUCGCAACCUCGGCUGGCAAUGGUGGUAUCAUAAGCAAGGCAAACGCCCCCUACCCUCCUUCCUCGCCCCUCCACAAACCGAUAGCAUUGUCGAGCAAGGUCACCUCAACUUCCCGACCGAUCACUGGUACCGCCAUAUUUCCAAGAUAUUCUUCAAGGCCAUUGCGGACAGAGGGUACAAUGCCGAUAUCGCGACUGUGGGCAUGGCUAUGAGGUUCGAGGCGGUGGUCAGAUUGGACAUGAAUGCUGCUCGAAAGCUGUUCGAGUACCUCAUUGCCCGAGGUAUGAAACCCGACGCUUUCCACUUCAGCGCCAUGAUGGAGGGAUUCACGCUCAUUGACGACAUGACAUCUGCACAUGAAGUCUUUGACGCGGCCAAGGACCUGGGAGUCGUCAAUGAUCCGGUUCUUUACACCGUCCUUAUCGCAGGCUACGCCCGAACGGGAAGGCCACGGAAAGCAGAGAAGGUAUUCAAAGAGAUGCUCGACCGGGGUAUCACACCAGACGUUCCUUCCAUCGACGCUUUCGUAGGCUCCUGGUACGCCGUUGGUGCGCUCGGACUCGCCAAGCGGUUGUUAAUGUCCUUGUGGGAGUGUGUCGAGCCGUUCCCUCCCUCUAGAUUCCAGGAUGAUUUGCUCGCCCUGGUUAAGGACUUCCGAACACUUCAUCGCAAGCCGGGAGGACGCCCGUUAAGGGCCUUGUCCAGGGAGAAGAGCAUCGCGUUGCGUGACGAAUUGACAGUUUUAGCACGAGAUUGGAGGGCGGCGACGCGGACUAAGCGGUGA